GACCUCUUUCAGAGGCACGAGGGGGUCUUGAGGGACGGAGAGAAGGUGCUCCAAAUCCUGCCGGGGUCAGUGGUCACAGUGACGACCGACCGAGGGAAGUAUUGGGCCAAACGCCUAGUGGUCACAGCCGGUGCGUGGACCAAUCAGCUCCUGGCUCCGUUGGGACUGCAGCUGCCUCUUCAGCCGCUGCGUAUCCGAGUUUGCUACCUGCGGGCGAAGGUGCCCGGCCCCCGGGGUCUCCCGGGGCUUCCUCCGUGCUUCCUGGGCAUCGGCCUCAACCGAGACGACCACCACUUCUACGGCUUGCAGGCCGGCGAGUACCCGGAUCUGAUCAAGGUCUGCUACCACCACGGCUCCCCCACGGACCCCGACAAGCCCGACCAGCAUGGUGGGGUCUCCCCUCCGGUGUCCGACCUCCAGCGCCUGCAGGAUUUCAUCAGCAAGUAUCUGCCGGGCCUGGAUCCGGAGCCUGCCGUCCAAGAAUGGUGCUUAUACACG